CUGGAAUCAAUUGAAACCGUUGUGUUGGUCAUAUCUUUCAAGAAGUUCAACUCUUCUACAGUUCAGUCGAUGUCAAGAUUUUUUGAGUACCGUCGACAACGCAACAUCGUGGAAGAAUAUAUUCAACGAAAGUUGCGACGAAAUGGGACUAGCUUAUGCCAUCCUUCUGUUCCUUACAAAAAAACUGAAGAGUCAUUCUUUUGAUGUAGAUGUUUUUACAAAGAGCUUUAAUUCAAUAUUAGAGAGUUUGUUGGCACAUAAGUCUGGGAAGAAAGUAAUCGUCUAUCUGUUUGAUAUGAUGCUGGAGUAUUUAUCCAAGGAAUUCCUCCACUUCACAAAAAAGCCGCAACAGAACAUGGUUGAAGAAUUUUUUUACAAAUUGACUUCUGUGAUUCUCGUACGCUCCCCCGGUGUUUUGUGUAUCUUUAACGAGGAGCUUGACCCAAGCGCGGAGGUGCUUCGUCUGAGGACGUCGUUCUUUGGAAAAACCAUAAAAUGGUUGAUGCCAGUUGUUUUCUUCAAGAUCGUUACAAAGUUGGACAGCUGUAGUCUAUAUAAAGAAUCGGCAACCAAUGAAUUUACACAUACGAUUUUACUGAUGUACUUAUCUUGCGUGGAUCUCUACAAGAAUUGGUCAGAACCGGAAACGGAGGCACCUUUGACGUUGGAGACAUUUAUGACUUUCUCACGGUAUACGAAAGAUUUCCUUCUGUUCUCGGAAUCAACUGUACUGCAGAAAGUUGACAAAGGCAUCUUGAUGCGAUUACCAAAUGAUAUCAAACGAUAUUUUCCAGAGUUAUAAACAAAGAGUUCUUAUGUCAAAUAAGGUUUCUGAAAAGAGAAAAUGAAUCCUUUCAAGACUCAAAAUAGAAAAAACUUUAUUUCCUUA